AUGUUGAAUGCCCAAAAACAGAAGCAGAUCUGUUCGUACAUCAUAGCUGGAGGUGACAGGGCCCUGCUGACAUCACAGGAGGCUCCAGAGGAUGACCCAGCGCUGGGAGCUCGCACGCUGGACAAGGUUUGUGCAGGAAAGAAGCGUGUCCUGUUCAUUGGAAUAUCCUGUGGCAUGUCGGCACCAUUUGUUGCUGGGCAACAUGAUUUUUGUCUGAAGCACUUAGACGUCUUUACUCCAGUGCUUCUGGGAUUCAAUGCUGUACAUAUGGCGAGGAGUGAACCAAUGCAGGACUGUUCAUUUCACUUUAAAGACGUUGCAGAGAGGAUGACUGCAGAGCAGAGGCCUAAGAAAGCACUCCUCCUGAAUCCUGUAUUGGGAGCUGAGGCCAUCAGCGGAUCGUCCCGGAUGAAAGGAGGCAGUGCAACUAAAAUCAUUCUGGAAACUAUUCUUCUGGCUGGACAUGAAGCUGCAUUUAGAGGAAAGAUAACACCUGAAGGUAUUUCUGCCCAGAUCACCGCGAGUGAGAUGGUUUAUGAAACUACUUCCUCAAACAGUGAUGAGCUAGCAGCACUUAUUCAUAAAGCAGGAGAGAGCCUUCAGAAUAAAGCACAUGUGUACUAUACUGGUUGGCAAACUCUUGGCAUUAUAGGACUGACUGAUUUUGAUGCAAGUGAAUGCAUCCCAACAUAUGGAGCAAAUUUUGAUGACAUCAGAGGUUUUAUCAACACUGGUUUCAGCAAAAUGAGAAACAAAGAGGGGGAUCUAUCAUCUUUGGGGCCAAAAUUUGUAACUGGCCACAAGGAUUUUGUGGACACCAUCUUAUCUACGAGUCAAAAUGACACGGUCCUGUUUCUGUUUACAGUUAACGAUGAUCUGCACGAGGUGACGGCACUGGCUGAUCAAGUGAAGCGAAGGACAUCAUAUUUGCAUGCAAUUGCUCAUGACCUUGAAUUCCCCAUUCCUGAAAGAGUAUACAACAUGGUUGAAACCGUUCUGCACAUAACAUGGCCUUUUUCCUCAGAGGACCGGUUCACAGGCUGCUCCGAAAGCGAGUGUGAAAGAGCUCUACUGAGAGCCAUCUACAGUACAGAUGACCUGAGUGAAGACAUGACAUCAGCAGAUGUUUGGAAACACACAGAUGCGGCAAACAGACGGGAUCGAGUGGUCCCGACUGCACUGGUGAAGAUCCGGUGCGGUUGCACUCUCGCUGAAGCACGGCAUCAUUUGGAUUGUCAUCCUGUGAUUCGAGAUGCAGUGAGCACCUGCUUCAGUUCCUCCAAGAACAAAAGCACUGUGGACCAAACACACAACAACUUCAUGCAGUCUCACAAUGAAGGGGCAUUUUUAAGAUAA